GUCAAAACCGGGUUUCUCUCUGAUCCUUUCGUCGGUAAUGGCCUGGUUGCUGUGUAUGCCAAGGGAGUGAAGGAUUUGGGCUCUGCACGGAAGGUUUUUGAUGAAAUGCCUGACAAGGGUGUUGUUUGCUGCUGGACUUCUUUGGUUGCCGGCUAUGCGCAAUCCGGUUACGCUGAGGAGGCCUUGCAGGUUUUUGUGAUGAUGGUUAAGGGGAAUUUGCGGCCCGAGGAUGCUACAUUGGUCAGUGUUUUGUCGGCUUGUUCGAGUCUUGACAUGUCAGAGAUUGGGAAAUGGGUUUUGAUUCUGUCGCGAGUUGAUGACAAUGUAGUUGGGUUGGACUCUGCUAAGACUGUGCUGGUGUAUUUGUAUGGAAAAUGGGGGAAGGUUGAGAAGAGCAGGGAAAUGUUUGAUGGAGUUUCGGAGAGUGGGAAGCGAAGUGUGCUGCCUUGGAAUGCUGUUAUCGGUGCGUAUGUUCAGAAUGGUUGUCCUCUGGAUUGUUUGAGUGUUUUCCGGUUGAUGGUGGGAGAUCCCACUCGAAAGCCUAACCAUGUUACUAUGGUGAGUGUGCUUUCGGCUUGUGCUCAAGUUGGCGAUUUAGAGCUUGGCAGGUGGGUUCAUGAAUACCUGAAAUCAAAAGGAAGCAGAUGUGUGAUUAAAUCAAAUAGAAUUCUAGCCACUGCUCUGAUUGACAUGUAUUCCAAAUGUGGGAGUUUGGUGAAUGCAAAAGAGGUUUUUGAUCAGAUGGUGUCGAAAGACAUUGUUUCGUUCAAUGCUAUGAUCAUGAGUCUUGCUGUUAACAGUGAAGGAGAGGAGGCCCUCAGGCUAUUUUCUAAAGUCCAAGAUUUUGGUUUACAACCCAAUGCUGGUACCUUCCUUGGUGCUUUAUGUGCAUGCAGCCACUCAGGUUUUUCCAAGAAAGGACGUCAAAUAUUCAAGGAUAUGACCUCAGUCUUUUCCAUUUCACCUAAAUUAGAACAUUAUGCUUGCUAUAUUGAUCUCCUUGCCCGAGCAGGCCUAGUUGAGGAAGCUCUCGAGGUUGUGAUUUCCAUGCCUUUUGAGCCUAAUAGUAUUGUGUGGGGUGCUCUGCUUGGAGGUUGCCUACUCCACUCUAGAUUAGACUUAGCUGAAUAUGUUUCCGAUAAACUUGUUCAAUCUGACCCUGAUAAUACCGGCGGUUAUGUCAUGCUGGCUAAUGCAUUUGCAUCUGAUCAUCGAUGGGGUGAUGUCUCUUCUCUGAGGCGGUUUAUGAGGGAAAAGGGAGUGACCAAGAAGCCUGGCUGUAGUUGGAUCAGCAUUAAUGGUGUUGUGCAUGAAUUUCUUGUUGGAUGCUCAUCACAUCCUCAAAGUGACAGUAUAUGUAGCUUACUAAAUGGGAUGGUGAAGCAUAUGAAGAUAGCAAUUGACAUACUAUGAUACAUUUUUGUUAAAAGUAUGCACCAAGGAAUGCUGAAUAUAGGCUUUGUCUAAUAACACAGUUUUGACAUUCGUGUUUUGACAUUUGUGAAGAAAAAAAGAAUUGAAAAACAAAUGUCAACAACAUCAGAAGUUGACUUACAGGAGAUGUUGCUUAGAAGUGCAAACAUAUUCGAAGUCUCUGGAAAAGAUAAGUUUCAAACAAAGCUGGAGUCCUUACUGAAUUUCCAUCGGAGAAUCUGGAUAAUCAAGGCUGGGUAAAGUGUGUCCUGUGGCUCAAAAUUAUUUCUGUGCCCACUUAUCUUCUGUCAAAAAGAUCAAGUCUCAAAGGGGGCCUACUGGGAUUCCGUGUCGCUGAAUUUCAAUAAGGAAUGGCGGAGUCGGCUAUGGCCUAUGGCAAAGCAAGUCAUCAGAGAAGAGUCGGAGAGAGUUUGGGGUCAAUC